AUGUUGAAGGUCACCUCCAUCGUCCACACUUACGACAGUUUGUUGUUGGUCACCCCCACUGUUUCCAACCCAUCCGAUUUGGACAUACUGCGCAACUUCAUUCACAAAAGUCUUCCGACAGGUACCCCCUUUGAAGUCACGCUUCCCUCGUCAACAUCUUUUAUCAAGAUACUUGAUGUUCCUUACUUUGACCCCAAGAGGCUGAAGAUCACCCAGGAGGUGCUUGAAAAGGCCCUCUGUACCUCAGUUCAUGCUGAGGUUCUUGGCACACUCGACAUCGUGCACUGUGUACUGCAACAUCUGGGACUCCCAGCAGGGAACCUGGUUCCACUAUGCCAGCGCUGCUGGAAGUGGGGCCACCCUACCUUUGCUUGCAAGGCAAAGCAGCUUAGCUGCACUAUCUGCUUGGGUCCGCACAAGCAGAAGGAACAUCACCAACAUGCGGGAUGUUGCAAGGGGAACGCAAAAGUGAAGCCCCCUGUGCUGCCCACCCCUCGCGACCAGCCCUGCCCCCACAAGGGCCACUGUGUCAACUGCCACAAGGACCACACCGCCAACUCAGCUUUGUGCAAGUUCUGGGCACAUCGCUACGUCUGUGAGUGGAUCAUGGCCAAGUAUCGUCAGACUAAUGUUGGGAAACCAUCAGGAUCUAAGUAG